CACAAACAUACAUACAUACACGUGUGCGUGCGUACGUACGUAAGUACAUAACACGAAAUGAUCAUUUGAGCUGAUGAGUUUUCUUUUUAUUUCGUUCACACUCCAUACAUUUCACUAUGUGUUCCACAUGCAGAAGGCAUCUCUCAGAUACCCCCAACCCUGCCUUCUCACUAUCUUAUAUGUACACAAAUAAAACUCGGAUGUCCUUAUUUGUUUUUUUAGGCUCGACACCCCUCUUCACUGGAUGAACAAUUAAGAAAGUUAUUUAUUUUUAUGUUUUUCUGUACGUUAAUUUUAAAAAUAUUAUUGCUCACUGCUUUUAAUUCGUAAAUUCGUAAAUUCCAAGUUUUAUUGCACAGCAAGCUACAACAAAACUCUUCUGUCUCAAGUUAAUGAAGUUGUGGAACCUGUUGUCAACUGGCGGCAAAUUGAAAAGUUCGAAAUGUGUGACGAUUUCUCUGAUGAUGAUGGAACAGAUGAACUUCUCUCAGCCAUUUCUUUUGAUGUCUUACCUGAAGUGAAGAAAGAUACAAAUGGAAAAAAUUCGUCACCUUCACCAAAGGAGACACAAAAACAAGAUUAUGUUAAUGUGCCAGAAGAAUUUCCAUUCCCAUUUAUACCUUACAAUAUCCAGUUGGGUUUUAUGAAAGCACUCUAUGAAUGUCUACAACUUGGAAAAAUUGGAAUAUUUGAAAGCCCAACAGGAACUGGUAAAUCUCUUAGUGUAAUUUGUGGUUCACUUAAAUGGCUGCGUGAUUAUAAAGAAGAACAAUUAAAACAGUUGGAGAAUUUAAUGAAUGAAGAGGCCAACACUAAGGAGUUAAUUGAAACUAAAUCUAAAGAUGCUAAAGAACUUGAUUGGAUCACUGAAUUCUCUGAGAAGACCAAGAAAGAAGAAGAACUCAAUAAGAUUUUGGAAAAGAAAGCCUUAUUCGAUGCUGAUAAAAGAAUUAAAGGAAAGCAUAAAACUUCAAAAAGAAAGUGCCAUGAACUAGAAAGUGAAUUUGACAAAUUGAUAAAAUCAUCCUCUGAAGACAUUAAGGAUGCAUUCGAAGCUGAGUUAAGAGAAAUCCACAAACUGGAGAAUUCAGAAGAAAAUGAAGAUGCUGAAAUUGUUCUCAGUGAAUAUAUUAGUGAUAACGAAGCUGAUGGAGAGAAGAAUGACUCUGGCAGAGAAGAUGAUAAUGAUACAUCAGAAGAACAUAUUAUGAAGAUCUAUUACUGCAGUCGCACUCAUUCCCAGCUGUCUCAGUUUAUUAAAGAAAUCAAGAAGAGUCCCUAUGGAGACGAUGUCAGCGUAACAACAUUAGCUUCAAGACAAAAUAUGUGUAUCAAUGAGAAUGUUCAACGUUUAAAGUCCUUAACUUUAAUAAAUGACCAGUGUUUGGAAUUGCAGAAAUCUAAAAAAAGUUCAAGUACCAAAGAAAAACAACCAAAGAAACAGAAACAGGCCAGUUGUCCAUUCUACAAAGUAGAAAGAAUUGAGCAUUAUAGAGAUACAAUUCUUACUGAAGUUAGAGACAUUGAACAACUAGUUAACCUGGGAAAACAGAUGAAAUGUUGUCCAUAUUAUGGCACACGUUUUAGUAUUGCAGCAGCAGAGAUUGUUGCACUGCCUUACAACACGAUGCUCCACCGUUCCACACGUGAGUCUUGUGGAAUCAAGCUGGAAGGUAAUAUUGUUAUCAUAGACGAAGCUCACAAUCUGCUGGAGACUAUCAACAACAUUCAUAGUGUUGAAGUGUUCGGAUCACAACUCUGCCAAGCACAUUCCCAGCUGAGCCAGUACAUACAGAGAUAUCGCAAUAAGUUAAAAGCAAAGAAUUUAAUGUACACCAACCAGAUUCUGUUCCUGUUAUCCAGAUUUGUUGUAUAUAUUGGAGGUUGUUUAGACAUGCCCUCUGAUUCUCAGCAUUUGAAGAAAAUUGAAUCUAAAAUUUUUACAAUCAAUGAUUUCUUGUAUGAAACCAAACUGGACAAUAUUAACUUAUUUAAGAUUCUACGAUACUGUCAGAAAAGCCAGAUUUCCAAAAAGUUGAAUGGUUUUGUGGAAAAAUACCAGCCAUCUUCAGUAAAAUAUGUACCUCUUUCUGUGAAAAAACCUGAGGAUAGUCGUUCUGGUAUUAGUCAGUUUUUGGAACAAUUAAGCGACAAACAGAAUUCUUGCAAGAAUACUCCUAAUAAAGUUCCUGAGCCAGUACAAAAUACUAACGAACCACCUGAGAUGAGAUCUCCACUCAUGCAUAUUGAGAGCUUUCUGAAAGCCCUGACAAAUGCUGAUAAAGAUGGCCGUAUUGUACUUAACAGGAAAAAUCUCUUAAGUGUUUCGAGCAUCAAGUUCCUUUUACUUAACCCUGCUGUGGAAUUUAAAUGUAUUGUGAAUGAAGCUCGUGCUGUUGUCGUUGCUGGUGGAACAAUGCAGCCUCUGUAUCAUCCAGUCAGUGUUACUUCGGAUGUUCAUUUGGAAUCCUGUUGUGGUUGUUAUAUAGGACGCUUCAAGUUGGAUUGGGCCACUUCUGCCUUCCUUCAUAUACUUAUAAAAGCCUUCUUGGUGCAAGUUCUUGAUAGAUGUAUCAUUAUCAAGCUGGGUCAUGGUAUUAGCUGGCAUGUCAUACCUGACAAUAAUUUACUUACUAUUGCUUUGGCUAAUGGACCAUCUGGACAAGAAAUGGAUUUUACAUUUAAAUCAAGGAACAAUGUUCAAACGCUUAACGAGCUUGGUCAUGUUGUUGUUAAUAUGUGCAAUGUAAUUCCUUGUGGUAUUGUCUGCUUCUUCCCAUCGUAUGAUUUCGAAAACCAUGUGUAUUCCCACUGGACAACAUCUGGAGUUCUGAAAAGAAUAUCAGCUAAGAAAAAGAUAUUCAGAGAGACUCGGAAAGCUGGAGAAUCUGAUCAAGUUCUUAAUUCUUAUGCACAGUGUAUUCAGAAAUGCAAAUAUUCUGAAGAUGCCAAAAUAACUGGUGCCAUUUUGUUCAGUGUUGUUGGUGGCAAAAUGAGUGAAGGAAUCAAUUUUUCUGAUGAUCUUGGAAGGUGUGUCAUGCUGGUAGGAAUGCCAUAUCCAAAUAUAAAUUCACCUGAACUGAAGGAAAAAAUGGAAUACCUUAAUGCAAAUUAUCAAUGUGGCCCUGAUGGUAAAACUGCUGGACAAAUACACUAUGAAAACCUUUGUAUGAAGGCUGUAAAUCAAUCCAUUGGUCGUGCCAUUCGUCAUCAGAAUGACUAUGCAACUGUUCUGCUUUUAGACAGACGCUACCAAAGACCAAGUGUGGCUGCCAAACUACCCGGGUGGAUACAAAAAGAUGUGAAGAACAAAAACUUUGGUCCAGCUGUUGCGGCUAUAUCAAAGUUCUUUGCUUCCAAAAACGAAACCAAAAUUGUCCAGAACUGACACAUGUACAGAAAUACAUCAUCAUAAUCAUGCUCUUCAUCCCAGUCACCAUCCUCUUUGGCUGUCAUCAUUACAGUUGGCUGUUUUGUUAUUCUUUUAUGGAAAUAAAAACAUUUUUUUAAUCAACA